GCUGGAGAGCCUACUGGGAAAAUGUGACGUGUGGGUCCUAAUGGCCCCUGUCCCUGAUGAUUCAGUUAUUAUUUGAUUUAUGUGGUCUUGCAGCUGCCCUUGCUUUGACCCUCAGGACGGCUGUGUGGGAAGUUUGUGUCUCUCAGAUACAGUGAAGCGCUCACUACUCUGCAAAGUGUUUGGAGCCAAAUUGAACGCAAAGACACUGAUAAAUAAUUGAAAAGGAUUUCUCGACUCCAGAUGUACAGUAAAGAGAAAAUAUAAGAGCUUUGUGCAUCUAAUCUGACCAGGGUCUAAUACGGGAAGUUGUCUUGUCCUGAGAGAAAAACUUGUCAAUGGGAAAGUCAUGUGGGAAAGAUUAUCGCCUAGAAAACAUUAGAAUUGAGCUGAUCUACCAGGUUUGUUCUUAGGAAGACCAGAGCACUUUAGCUGAAUGAAGCAGUGGGAACUGGAGCAGAACAUGGCAAACAGUUUUAUGACAGUACCUGAUGGGUACUGCCUUAGUGAACAAAUUCAGUAUUAUGAUGUUUUGCCAGAACACAUUGGUUAUCCACUGCAAGACCUUGACUGCCAGCCUGCUUCUUACUGUCAAUAUUCACCGGUUCAGUUUCCUCCCAUAUUACAGACACCAUCUCCCCAGACACAUUACAAUGUACACAACUUGGACUCUCAGUACAGCGAUGGGCAAUACAUCAUCAACAAUUGUGAACUUAGUAAGCCGUCCUGUAUGGGUGCUCACGAUGGGGGAGGAUAUUCUGGACAAAAACGAACCAGGCUUAGUCAUUCGGCCUUACGAAUAAAGGGCCAGGAGGAACUCUGUGUGGUUUGUGGGGACAAAGCGUCCGGAUAUCAUUACAAUGCACUCACCUGUGAAGGCUGCAAAGGAUUUUUUCGACGCAGCAUUACCAAAAAUGCAAUCUACAGAUGCAAGAAUGGUGGUCACUGUGAAAUGGACAUGUAUAUGAGACGAAAAUGUCAGGAGUGUCGUCUAAAGAAAUGUAAAGCUGUAGGCAUGCUAGCUGAAUGUCUAUUAACAGAAGUGCAAUGUAAAUCAAAACGUCUCAGAAAAAAGACCACCUUGCUUUGUAACAUAAAAAUGGAAGAUGAAGGAACGGACAGCAAACACGUGUCCUCUACAACCAAACCAUUAAAACCACAGGAGAGAAUGGAAUUUACUCCUGGGGAGUAUGAGCUCAUUGAACAUAUUUUGGCUGCCCACCAAAAAUGCACAAUUCCAUUGGAGGAAGCAAGGAAGUUUCUACAGGAAACCUCCAGCCCGGAACAGAAUUUUCUACAUCUUUCAGAAAGGGCUAUGGUUCAUGUGCAGGUACUUGUGGAUUUUACAAAAAAACUCCCAGGGUUUGAAAGCUUAGCUAAUGAUGAUCAGAUAGCCUUGUUAAAAGGCUCAACAAUCGAAGCAAUGUUUUUACGCUCUGCCCAGAUAUAUAAUGAACAAGGAAUUGAAUGCCAGCCAUCAUUCAUGCAAAGUCAUGUAAAAUUUUCUGACCAUGCUAUAUGUGAUCAAGAUAAAAGUACUUACUCAAUAAAAAUGUCUCGUACUGAAGAAAGUCCAACAUCUACCAGUACAACAGUAGGCAUCACUGAGGAGUUUAUCACUGCACUCUUUUACUUCUACAGAAGCAUGGGAGAACUUAAUGUUACUGAGACAGAAUAUGCGUUGCUUGUCGCAACUACUGUGUUUUUUUCAGAUCGUCCACUCCUUAAAAACAAGCAACAUGUGGAUAAACUCCAGGAACCCUUCUUAGGAAUUCUGUACAAGUAUUCAAAAAUCUAUCACCCUGAUGAGCCACAACACUUUGCCCGUCUCAUAGGGCGCCUCACAGAACUCAGGACUCUCAAUCAUAACCACUCAGAAGUUCUAGUAACUUGGAGAACAAGGGGUCCUAAGCUGCCCUUUUUACUUUGUGAAAUCUGGGACUUGCACUAAAUAGUUUACUAAUUACCUAAACUGUUUUAAUACUGUGUUUUUCUAAAACAUGCUAUUUCUCAGUUCUUGUGUUUUUAUUUUAAAAACCUCAUUUAUGUUAAAUGGCUACAGACUCUUUUAAGAAUGCUGUGUUGUGAUUAAUACAAAUAUUGUUGUAUUCUAAAAACACACAGUCCUGCUUAUAUGCUGUUAAAAAGGUAAUAAUGGGCACAAUGUUUAUUUGCCACAUUAUCACCAUAACUGAGAAGGUGUGUGAAAGAUUGUUUAAGAUGUUAUGGUUCUAAGACCAUUGAAUUCUUUACACAUACUUUCUGAUAUUUUCAAAGUUCUGACGAGCAGUUUUACUUCAUUAAGACCAAUGAAUAGAAAAAAGCUUGGCAGCUGAAAACUCAUAUAUAAACAGCAAUACAUCAGAGAAACAAGGGACUCGAUUGGCCUCUAACUCCCUACUCUAAUAUGUUUAAUUUAAUCUUUUUACAAUUCUAUGUUUUAUCAUUUGAAAUAAUUAAAGAGCCCAAUCCAUUUGAACCAUGUACAAGCUUAUAAUGAGACUGGAAGCAUUGAAUCCAUAGCAGAAGUUGAUUGCAUUGAUUAGUUUUCUGUUUUACAUGUAUACCUAUCUCUAAACUGCUAUUAUGAACAUCCCACCUUGUUUGCCAAAGUUGUGUAUUCAAAAGCAAUUAAAUACUAGAAAUUAUUAGCAUUACUUCAUUUCCAGAUAACUCUAGUUAAGGAACAGACGUGUGAAAAUAUGGAUUAGAUAAUUGAACCUCUAUAUUACAAAAGCCAUGAAAAUAUAUAGUAAAUAAAGUUGUAAUAAUUACUUAGUUUCUGGUGAACUAACACAUGGUAUUAAUUGUCAAUGACUAUUGUUUUCUUAGAAGAUAUGCCCAAUAUAGAUCAAUCUUUUCAUUUCAGCUACAAAUAAAAUUUCAAUAACUAGUAGUGCCUAUUACCCUUUCCAUUUAUUUAAUCAGUUCACUUGGUUAAGACUAAAACUUUGAUGCAAUUUCUGUAUUUCUUGAAUUAAUCUUUCAAGUAAGAUUCAAGAUUCACUGGAAAUGCACAACACAUUGAACUUUAUUGCACACUGUCCCCAUACCCUGCAAGCUACGAGAUAUCUAGUAAUACCUAAAUAAAUAUUCAAGGAAAGGAGGCACAACGUAUGCUAUUUAUAAUUUGCCAUUUCAAGAUUACCAUGUUUCCAUGGCUACCUUUACACAGCUAUAGUGUUGGACUCAAAUCAUGACUAUGUUGAUUCUGUCAAAAUUUAAAUAAUCUGGUCUUCAGUUGUUAUUGCAUACAACAUUUCCAAUGGAUUUCAAAAGGAUAUGUGAUCAAUAAGCUUCAAAAUUUUAGUUGCAGUUGCUCAUUCAGUUUUGUAUGAAUGAUUCAUGAUAACAUUUUGUGAUAAAUUAACAGACAACUUACUUCUUACUGUUAUUUUCUGGGUGAAACAAAGCCCAGAUAUUAUGAUGGUGUCUUUAGUUCAACCCCAUUUUUUUUUUUAAACACGUGCCUUAAAAUGUGUUGAAGUUUUUAUAUCUGUACUAGUAUCUUCGUAUUUAAUGAUUUUUCCUUUCACAUCUGAACUUUAUUGUAGUGCAAAUGGCAUAUAUAAACAUAUAGCAUUGUUUUAAUACAUGAAAACAUAUUGUAUCUAGUGUUGCAUUUUCAAGUGGUGGAUAUUUAAUAAACGCAUUCUCAAUUUUG